AUGUCCUAUAAUUAACCUUUAAGUAUAGCUUUUAUUCAUCCUGAUUUAGGUAUAGGUGGCGCUGAAAAGCUAAUAAUUAACCUAGCUAUAGCUUUAAAAUAAAAAGGUCAUCAAAUAUCUAUAUAUACCCCAUUUUAUGAUACAAAUCAUUGUUUUUAAGAAACAAAAAAUUUACAUAUAGAAGUCCAUGGCAAUUUAUUUCCACGUACAAUAUUCGGUAAAAUGUGGGCUUUUUGUGCCAAUAUGAGGAUGUUAUUAUGGGUACUCUAUACACCCCCUAAUGAACAUUUUGGAAUAGUACCUGUAGAAUGUAUGUUUUUGGAAAAAAUUGUACUAGCUUUAAAUUCAGGAGGACCCAAAGAAAGCCUAAAAGAUGAAGAAUGUGGCUUUUUAUUAGAAAAUAAAAUCGAAAAAUGGGCUGAUAAAAUGGCGUGGGUUUAUGAAAACUAAGAUAAAUGUAAGGAAAUGGGAAAGAAAGGGAAAUAAAGAGCUAUAUAAAUGUUUGGAUUCAGUUAAUUUGCUAAUUAUAUUGAUAACUUUGCUAAAGAUACACUAUUAAAAGAGAUAAAAUGA